AUGGCUAUGAUGCAGAUCCCAAUUUCUUCUACAGAACGCAUCAAACCAAGACUUCAAGAACGCCCUGGGCGCCUCAAAAGAUUCAGGCUCGCUAUGACGAGGAGGCCUCAGGAAGCUCCUGCUCCUGUUCCUGUUCCUGCUCCUGCACCACCCACUACCUCACCACCAGUCGCUGUCACCACCACCGUCAAAACUCAUUUACGACACAUAUUCUCCCGGUCACCCCAUCAUGCAACGCCGCCCGUUGUCGAUGUUCCGUUCGCGAAGGCUAAAGAGCGUAAUGCUGCUGCAGGUGCUCCUGGCCCAGACCCGGACAUCGUACCUGAUGAAUAUCUCGAUACUACCGAACCGGACCCUGACACGCAACAGCAGCGACAACAACAUCAGCAACCACAUCAGCAAGCAGUAGCAGUCCAUAUAGACCCUGGGGAACAUGGAGGCGGAAAGUCCUGUGUCUGCUGCUAG